AUGUCAACUCCAAGAACCUCUCAACCAAACUUACCACCAUCUCUCCAAAUCUUACAUCAGAAACAACAGGAAUAUGCAGGAUUACAAGCUUUAAGAGAAGCUUCUUCUGAUUUAUUAGGAAGAGUAGAGAGAUUAGCUGAGAUGAGUAAUAUCAUGGCUGAUGGCGGUGAAGCUGUUGGUGGUGUAUUGAGGAAUUGGCCUCAUAUAUUCUCUAUAUUGAAUUUGUUCGCUCAAAAUACAGAAAGACCUUCUUCACCUUCACAAGAUGAUGAACCGGAAGAACCGUUACCUGUUUUAGUCAGACUACCAUAUGGAGGAGAAACCACAACGACGACAGCGAAAGAGAAUCCUGGAGAAACCAAGAAAUGA